AUGUACUCCUCCGAGGAACUCUGGAACUCCACCGAGCAGGUGUGGAUCAACGGCUCCAGGGCAAACUUCUCUCUAGGAAGACAAGGGGAUGACGAUGAUGAAGAGGAAGGGGAUCAGCACCCUUUCCUCACAGAUGCCUGGCUGGUCCCUCUCUUCUUUUCCCUUAUCAUGUUAGUCGGACUGGUGGGCAACUCUCUGGUUAUUUAUGUGAUUUCCAAGCACAGGCAGAUGAGGACGGCAACCAACUUUUACAUAGCAAACCUGGCAGCCACUGACAUCAUCUUCUUGGUGUGCUGCGUCCCCUUCACUGCCACCCUCUAUCCUCUCCCUGGAUGGAUCUUUGGCAACUUCAUGUGCAAAUUUGUUGCGUUCCUACAGCAGGUGACAGUCCAAGCCACCUGUAUCACUCUGACAGCUAUGAGUGGGGACCGCUGUUACGUCACUGUCUACCCUCUGAAAUCUCUCCGCCAUCGCACCCCAAGAGUAGCCAUGAUUGUCAGCAUCUGCAUUUGGAUUGGCUCCUUCAUCCUGUCCACCCCGAUUUUAAUGUACCAGCGUAUAGAGGAGGGUUAUUGGUACGGCCCGAGGCAGUACUGCAUGGAGAGAUUUCCCUCAAAGACACAUGAGAGGGCUUUCAUCCUCUACCAGUUCAUUGCUGCCUACCUGCUGCCUGUCCUCACUAUCUCAUUCUGCUACACUCUGAUGGUGAAGAGGGUGGGCCAGCCCACUGUGGAACCUGUAGAUAACAACUAUCAGGUCAACCUCCUGUCUGAGAGAACUAUCAGUAUCAGAAGCAAAGUCUCCAAGAUGGUUGUGGUAAUUGUCCUCCUCUUCGCCAUCUGCUGGGGUCCCAUUCAGAUCUUUGUCCUCUUCCAGUCUUUCUAUCCAAACUACCAGGCCAACUACGCCACAUACAAGAUCAAGACAUGGGCCAACUGCAUGUCCUACGCCAACUCUUCGGUCAACCCCAUAGUUUACGGUUUCAUGGGAGCCACCUUCCAAAAGUCCUUUAGGAAAACCUUCCCGUUUCUGUUCAAGCAUAAGGUCAGAGAUAGCAGCAUGGCUUCCAGGACUGCCAACGCUGAGAUCAAGUUUGUUGCUGCAGAGGAAGGCAACAAUAAUAAUGCAACAAAUUAA